AGGCCGUCGCCCAUUUCAUCUCAGGUAUCAGCACCCAUCAUCAAGGAUUAAAAAUAGGUUGUUCUACUCCAGGCGUUGGAGUCUUGAAGACAGGGCAGAUGAUUUCUAUUGGGAACGACAAAGAGAAAGCACUUACCACGCAGGAGGAUUCCAACGCUCGAUGUCGCAUCCUAGGAGGAAUUUCUCCACUUCAGGUCCCUGGAGGGAAGGAAGAACGAAUCAAUGGAAAGAAGCUUCAGGUAGAAAAAGCCGGAACCCUAGAUUCGUUUUCCGUCUACAGUCCAAGAUUUGAAGCUAAUAGGAAAUUGGAACUAUCCUACGGGUCCAACUGCUGGGGAGACUUCAUCCGCCUACAAGAAUCUAGGUUUGAGGGUCAGAGGUGUAGUAUUAUCAUCCUGAUUGCUCAAAAAAGUGAAUUCCCUGCUAGUUUCUUCAGAGCUCUUUCAGAUUUCAUAGAGAUAGCUAAACGCCGUGACAAGGGACCGCAGAUGGGUAUUUCUAAAGCUUCUGUAAUACACUCGAGAGAUGCUGGAUUGUGGAGAAAAGUCUCCCAAGGAGACAAGGAGCUGCUUCAGCUCAAUGGUGACUAUGAUAAAGGGUGGCUGCUUAGAACCUUUGCAGGGAAGGAAGUACCAGGUAGAGAAGAUAUGCUGGUUUCUCUAAAUGCUGAUCAAGAGCAAACUCAUUCCAUUUGUGAGGACUUUAAGCCGGAGCAUAGCAUUGGGGGUUCUGACAUAAAUCCUUUUGUUCUAGACCCUAAGACCCUCUCACCUUUGGCAAAUGAAUCUAUCCCUCAAUCCAACUCUUUUAGCACCCUAGCGCAACUUGAUACUGUUAAGGUUGCAGAGGAAGAUCCUUUCCGACAUUUUGAAGAGAAAAGCUUGGUAUUUCGUUGUAAUGCUCUUGAGGAGAGAAUGUCCUCAAGUGAUGAACCCAUUUGGUACAACCAUUCUGAUGUUGAAGAUGCUCCAUUCAUAGUGUCAAAAUUAAGGCCCUUAGCAAUCAAUCUUUCUCGUUGCUCGACAAUCUCUAUGCAAUUGCCCAAACUUUUUAAACAAAGAAAACUCUUCGGGCAAGGUUCUUUCCACGAGUAAUAACUUUCUCACUUCGGGCAGGUAUGAUUCAGAAUAUGAUGAUCAUUUUGUUAGUGAUAUGGAAGGUGAUAUAGAUACUAUCUGUCGACCGAAUAAAGGUCAAAAACAGAGAGACUUUUCUGUUCAGGCCCCAAAACCAAAAUAGAAAGGGAGGCAACGUUCGAAAGCCCAAAAGAAGAAGGACAAGUCCACAGGCUUUGAGAUACAAAAGAAAGAAAAUACUCCUUUUAUCCAUUUGGAUGGAGGUCUUCACCCUCAAAGGAUAUGGACAAGACUUCCAGGGUCAUUUUGUUUUACAGCUUUUAUAUUGGUUUUCCUUUUAUUUUGUGGUGUAACAGUCUAGUCUGGCCUUUGUAGGGGUUCGGCCAACCCCCUCCCUUUGUAUCUUUUCCUUCUUUUAAUAAACUCAUCCGUUAUAU